GGGCCCAUAAUGGCUUAGGUUCAAUGAUUCUGUUCUGUCCCAAACCACGGUGUUCUGUCAUCUCUGUUCUCUCUCUCACCAACGAACAAACCAAAUCCAACAAGACAACUCAAACAAACCAUUUUCAUUUCCCUCACUCUCUCUUUGCUUUCCCAAUCUCAUCUCAUCUCUCUCUCUCUCUCUCUGACCCAUCAUUCAAAUCUUAACUUUCAUUAAUCUUCUCUUCGUGGCUUAAGCCUAAGAAAAAUCACACACCCCCAUCACUGUUCACGGUCUUACCUUUCCUUCUAUUACUCAGGUGUGAAAGGUUAAAGCAGAGUGUGAAUAUCAGGUCUUGUUCUUUUUUCGAAGGUACUCUCUCCCACUCUUGUGGGAAGACACAUGCAACUAUGAGCAACGCAUAUGUUAGCUCAACAAUAUAUGCUGUUAGGUGUAAAGAACCAUUUUCAUUAUCUUUCAAUGGCUACUCAAACUUCUGUUACGAAAGAUUUGACAGAACCCCAUCAUACUGUUUGUCAUGCUGUGGUUGUUGUGAUUACUGUUCAGUCUCCACUUACAGAGUACCCAUAAAGCCUUGCCUUAUAAAUGGCUUGAGGCAAUCUGCUCUUCUUCAAUUGUCAGCUUCUAGAAGGUUGAUAUUGGGUGGAGGAGACCAUUACCUUUCUCGGCUACCAGCUUAUGGUGUCCUCAGAGGUUGUCAGGAGCUUAAUUCUUCUGUCAAUGAGAGAACUGAUUAUAGUAGUAGUAGUAGAUGGAGAAUAAAGGGAAGAUAUAUUCGUGCUGCCUCCCAGAAAGGGAGAGAAUUUUCCCAUUCAUUUGGUUCUGAUGGUGCUGAAGCAGUUCUCAGCUUGUUGAGUGAGGAGGCAGAUAAGGAUGCUAUUUGUAGCAAAUGUAAGAAUGCGUCUUCAUCAAAAAGAGUGGAAGUUGAUAAAAGAAAAAAUGUGAGCAGAGAGAAACAUUUGAGUUCGAGUGAGAAAGUAGAAACAGAGAAAAAAGGAAUUUUGAAACGGCGUGAAUCAUCCUCCGUAGACUUGAGAAGAGAAUAUGGAAAAGCCAACCAAGAAAGGGAAGCCUUUGUAAAAAGUGAAAGCCAUAGGAAACGAAGAGAUGCAUCUAGUUGUUCAUCUUAUUACUCUCUCUCAUCAGGAGAUUUUGGGAGUGAGCUGGAAGUUCAAGAUGAGAUUGGUUUGGAAGAGUUGUCACUGGAAUAUGAGAAGGAUGAAGCAAAUUGUCUGGAGGAAGUGAAGGAAGAAUUCAACAGGCAAGGGGAUGACUCAAAGAAGCUGCAGGCUGUUUCAAAUAAGGGAAGAAUUGCAUUUGGUGUGGAUAUUGAUUGGAACCUAAGGAACAAAUCUGAAAAGAAGCUGAUUGAGGGAACUCUGCAAAACACUGAAUCCAUAAGAGAACAACAGGAUAUGCAUUCAAGAGAAUUUAGAACACAUGAUUCUGGUCAUAAAAAAUCAUCUAUUUCACAAAAGCGAGUCAAUAGUGAGGAAGAUAAAUCUUCUUUUAUUGACAAUUUGGAUAAGAAAGCAAACAAGGCAUAUAUUCAAACAGUAAACAGAAGAAAGCAUCAAUCUAUAGAUGUACAAGAGUCUGGUUGUGAUGAAGUUGAGACAACUUUGUUAUCACAAAAGAAAUUCAGUGGCAGGGAAGGGAAGCUUGAGAUAUCAGAAACAAUGUUGAAGGAAACAACUGAUGAAUAUAAAAAGUUUGUUGGUUCAACUUCUACCACAGGAAAGGAAACUUUGACAUCGAAGAAGGCAUUCAGUGGCAGGGAAGGGAACCUGGCAAUAUCAGAAACACUUUCACAAGAAACAAAUGAUAAACAUAAAAAAAUUGUUGGUUCUACUUCUACCUCUGGAAGGGAUGUGAUAGAUAGAAGUUCCCAGAAAUAUUCUGGAAAUUUAAAAAUUGAAGACACUGAAAGGACCUCAAAUACUAGGAUGAAGGACAUGGGAGUGAAAAAAGUUUCAGUUUUGAGUUCUGUUCAGGGAGUGGAUAAGCAGAAACACCAAAAAGGAGAGAAGAUCAUUACACAGAUGAAGGAUAAAGAGGGGAGAAAAAAAUCUGAGCAAUUUUCUGAAGUAUCAGAAGCUCACAAGUCUAAUGUUGAAGAUACAUCUAGCAUAAAGUCUAGAACUAGAUUAAAGAACAUGGAAGAAAAAUCAAACAUAAGCUCAGAUGCAAGGGUUACGUUGCUCCAAACAGAUAAAAGGACAACUCAGAGUUUCCAACACAGGAAAGGAUCUGAACUUGUCAGCACUUUAUCAGAAGGCUAUGUCAGUGAUGAAAAGCAAGUUUCAAGUUCUCAAAAAGCUUAUGAGAAGGUGAGAUUAAUUCCAAAAAGUAAAUCAACAUCACUUGUUAGAACUAGAGAAAGUUCUAGCCAAACUGAUGAAAGGAUUGCAAAAUUUGAAUUGGCCAGAGACGACCAAAGAUCUUGCAACCUUUCAAUUUCUGAUGAAACUAACUCAAGAGAGGAAUCCAGCUCCCAGGGAUCAUUGAGUUUGAUUUCUGGGGCUGGAAAACAUAGUAUAUUAGCAUCAGGUGAAAAAAGAAGGUCUGCAACAAUGUUGAUCCCUUCCUCUUCUGAAAUGGGUGGAGACUCAGUACAAUUUGAACUCACUGCAGGAAUUGCAAGCCCUGAGAUCUUCCUUGGAACUUCAGAAAGUGGUUCUUCUGCUUUGUAUGACAAUUCAGGAAGAAGUUCUGCUUUGCAUCCAGAUGCUAUCGAUUUAGCUAAUCGUUUAGAGAAGUCAUCUAGACAGUUUGUUGAUGAGUUUGCUGAGAGGGUCAUGCAUGAAGUAACGACUUCAGAAGCACAAGAGAUGGAAGUUACAGGAACAAAGUUGACACUUGAAGUUGGUGGUGAUCAGAUCUACAGCUCAAGGCAACAAGGCACUCAAAAUGACGCUCAGUCAAAGAAGCAUGAUUCUAGUCGUUCUUCUGGGUUUCCUGGGACAAAAGGACCUUCUGAUGAGAUGUGGGAUGUCAUGGAACCAUCUGUUGAGCAAGGUCAAGUAGCCAAAGAAACGGAUAUCAGCAAGGAAACAGGGAAAGCAGUUGUUACUAGAACUGGGAGGUCCUUAUGGGGUAUGAUUGGUGAUAUUGUUCAAUUACGUUGGGGUUCACGUGCUGGUUCCUCCACUUCAGCUGGAAGAUCAGCUGAGAGAAACUCACCAAACAAGUCUGACAGUGACACAUGGUUUUCUGGGCAGGAGCAUGAGGAAACCACUAAAACUAAUGUCUUAAAAAAAACAAGUGUACCACCACAAGUCAUGACUUCUGAUAAGUUAAAACCAGGUAAACAUUAUACCCAAAGUGAGGGAGAGGUGUCUGACAAUACAAAACUGAAAGACAGAGGAAAACAUCUCGAAGUUGGAUUGUCAUCCCCAAAUACAUUGGAAAGUGGAUCAAUGUCAGUAGGCGCUUCUCAUACUUCUGGAGAGGAAAAUGUUAGUGGGACUGAGGAUAAAAAAGAUUUGAAAGCCACUACUUCUGGCACACAAAACAUGGAAUUACCAAUUUCAGUACCUGCCAGAGGGCCUUCUAUUGAUGGAGAAAUUGUAAGCAUCGGUGGAUCUGACAUGUCUGGAGCUGAGUCAGUGGUUCCAAUCAAGGAAUCUAUUGCUCCUGUGCGGUCUGAAUUGUCCGGCUCAGAGAGAAAGGAUGGAGAGUUGAAGCAAAGAAAGUUUCAACGGAACAGGCAAGUCUUGAGAGAUAGGUUUGAUGACUGGGAAGAAGCCUAUCAAUGUGAACUUGAGCAGCGACGCAUAGAUGAAAUGUUCAUGAAGGAAGCACUUUUGGAAGCCAAGAAGGCUGCUGAUACAUGGGAGGUACCUGUUGGUGCUGUUCUUGUGCAGCAUGGGAAAAUUAUUGCUCGAGGCUGCAACUUAGUUGAAGAGUUACGGGACUCCACUGCCCAUGCAGAGAUGAUUUGUAUACGAGAAGCUUCAAAGCUUCUUCGAUCAUGGAGACUAUCAGACACUACACUUUAUGUAACGCUUGAGCCAUGUCCAAUGUGUGCUGGUGCUAUCCUUCAGGCAAGAGUAGACACUGUUGUGUGGGGUGCUCCCAAUAAGCUUCUUGGAGCUGAUGGUAGCUGGAUUAGAAUUUUCCCUGAUGGAGGAGAAAAUGUAUCAGAACAAAGAGAUAUGCCACCUGCCCCAGUUCAUCCAUUCCAUCCAAACAUGAAAAUAAGAAGAGGGGUCUUAGCCACUGAGUGUGCAGAUGCAAUGCAGCAAUUCUUUCAGCUUAGAAGGAAAAAGAAGAAAGAGGAACCACCGAAUGGCCCUUCUAGCCUUCCUGUUACUCACCACCCAUCCAAGUUACUCAACAAGAUACAUGACGUCUUCCACAUCAUGUUCUGUUUGUAAAAGAGAAUAUUCACAUAUUUUCCCAUGUUUUAAAUGAGCUUCUAAAUAAAAUAAUCAAACAUGAAUGAAUGAUCAUUGUGAAAAGUACAAUGCUCAAUUUCUUUAAGAGUAUUCAAUCAGUUAAGCUGUCAAAGACAAUAAUUUCAGACGUUGCCUACUUUAAUUUCAA